AUGAGCGCUGGAGGCGCUGCCCAAGGAGGAGACAGCAAUGGACCCGCCGGCACAGAGUACACGCUUCAGGGUGUGAUGCGCUUUCUCCAGCUGGAAUGGCAUAAUCAUGAACGGGCGCGGAAUGCUUGGGACAUCGAGCGGGCUGAGAUGAAGGCCAAAAUUGCCAAGCAGGAGGGAGAGGUUCGCAGCGCAAAAAAGAUGAAUGAGUCCCUCAAUAAACAGAUUCGAAUGCUGGAACAGGCAUUGAAGAAUGAGCGCGCGAAGAAGGCUGCUGCAGCGGGAGAGAACGCGACAGCACCGGAAGUUAAGAAGGACCUGAAGGCGCUCAACAAACAUCACAACUCCCUCCUCGAUACCGAUCCCGAUCAGUCAGAAGGCGAUAAGGAAGGCCAGCGGGAGAAAUCACAACUAUACCUCAAGAAAUGUGUCGAGGAAAUCACAUACUUGCUCACGCCUCCGGCUCACCCUCCUGCGCCACAAGGAGGCUUACAGGCUUUUCAGAAUUCUCAGGGCGAUACCUCUAUGGAAGAGAUGUAUCUUCAGCACCGCCAGAAAUCUCAGCAGCACAUAAACCCCAUGGGCCUUAAUUCUAUGCCCAACCACCAGCCUCCACCCGUUCCCUCCGUAUCCGAUCUUCCGAACUUAACCCAUUCGUCCCAGCCCCCUCAACAAGCUGCGUUCAUGACAAGAGAACCGUCCGGGCAGCAGUCGCUUAUUCAGCACUCUGGACUGCCGUUGGAAUCAUUGGCAUCGCAGACGCAGCAAUCGCAAGGCAACCAGAAUUUCACUUCAAUCCCUGACGAACAGGUGGAAAAGGUUACACACAGCUAUGACAGCUUCGGCAAUCCUUUGACAAACCGCGAGGAGGAUGUGUCGGCAGCACGUGGCGCUCCUACAGCGGUCGAUGACCCUGAGGCUUGGAACUUUGAGGAGACAAUAAACCCACCUGAAAAUCCCCCAGACCUGCCGCCACCAAGGAGGCCGGACACAGACGCAUUUCCCAGUGCCAACAGUAUCCCGGCCAAAUCUCCACCCCGCGGUGGUCCUCAUUCGCACCGAAGAAAGAGUUCUGGUGCUGCCUCAAUGUCUCGACGUCGGAGUGAAGGACACGACACUCGGGAAGGCGCUCUCGGAACCAGGUCAGACCCUCCGACGUUCAAAGUGAAAUUCGCAUUGCGGGGCCACCUCGACGUUGUACGAUCUGUAAUCUUCACUGGAGGAGGUAGUCCUUCCGAGCCCGAGAUCUGCACUGCUGGAGAUGACGGCAUGAUUAAAAGAUGGAUCAUACCUGCAAGCUACUUGACCCAGCACGGAAUGAAUAACGACUUGGAUAUCCAAAGCUACUUCUCCCACAGAGGUCAUGACGGCGCUGUUACAUCUCUUGCCGCUUGUCCCGCAUCCGCUACCUUCUCCACCGGAGGCAGGGUAUCGGGCGAUGGAUGGAUUUUCUCCGGAGGCCAAGACGCUACAGUGAGGGUUUGGGAACGCGGGAGGGUGGAUCCCAAAGCCACACUCGAAGGCCACACAGAUGCCGUUUGGACUGUAUGCGUGCUCCCCGCUACGUGUGCCUCUGUGUUCGGUGCGGAUUGCAGCAACUACGGUGGCCCUGAUCGUAUACUGCUCGCAUCCGGCUCAGCUGAUGGAACGAUCAAGAUCUGGGCGGUGAGCGCCCCGCCUCAGCUUGUGUCACCGCAAACAGGGUCGAGACGUGGCGUAGGCGGAAGUCGCAGACAUUCAGUCACAUCUGGAUCAAACUAUCCGUCCUCACCACAACCCAGCGUGGCUACCGCCACUCCAUUCCAUUACAUGCUAGUCCACACCAUCGAGCGGGCAACGUACGCAUCACCAACAUGUAUCAGCCCGCUAUCUUUGACCGGGGAAACGUUUGUUGUGUCAUACAACGAUUGUUCGAUUCUCAUAUUUGAUACGCGCACGGGAGAGGAGAUAAUAGGCAUGGCGAGCAGCGAAACAUACGACGGAACGCCGUCGACAGGCGUGAACGCCGUCGUUGCUACAUCUGUUGGGCUGGAUGGCACAAUGAGUCUGGACUCUGGCCGCGGGGCUUCCGAGGACGAGAGUGUCAUCCACGGGGCUACCGGGUCAACCGGCGGCGGUGGCGUCGAAGGUGUUGUGAUCACAGGGCACGAAGAUCAGUUCAUCAGGUUCUUCGAUGCCAACAGCGGUCAAUGUACUUAUAGCAUGCUUGCUCACCCUUCGUCGAUCUCCUCCCUUUCUCUCAGCAAAGAUGGCCGAGAGGCAGUGUCAGCUGGUCACGAUGCGUCUAUUCGAUUCUGGUCCCUGGAGAAGCGUAUAUGCACCCAGGAGAUCACCAGUCACCGGAUCAUGCGCGGAGAAGGAGUUUGCAGCGUCGUCUGGAGCCAAGACGGACGACUCGUCGUUUCGGCAGGCGGCGAUGGCGUCGUCAAAGUCUUCGCGAGAUAA